AUGUCCGUUUUUGACCCGCUUGGACUGCUAAGUUACCUCACCAUCACCGCCAAGAUCCUGCUACAAGACCUAUGGCGCAUGAAGAAGGUCGGAUGGGACGACGAACUACCCGAGGAGGCAGCAGAGGAAUUCCAGCGAUGGCUGCGAGUCGUCGAGGAGGUGUCACGACUACGACUGCCAAGGUGCUAUGCUCCUACGGGGGGAGUUGUAGAGCGUCAACUUCACGUCUUCAAUGAUGCGAGCGAACGUGCGUACGCAUCCGCGGCGUAUUGGCGUAUACGAUAUCGCGACGGAACGAUUAGGGUGCGAUUAGUGGCGGCUAAGGCGAAAGUCGCCCCAAUUAAAGCGCAAAGUAUACCGCGAUUAGAGUUGCAGGCGAACUUAAUAGGCGCGCGACUCGCGGAAUUCGUGCAGGACGAACACAGAGUGGUAGCGGAUAGGGUCGUAUAUUGGACGGACUCUACUACGGCGCUCCACUGGAUACAAAACGAUACGGCGCGUUACACUCCAUACGUUGCUCACCGGUUAGGGGAGAUAGCUGAGAAGACAUCACCCGAGCAAUGGAGGUGGAUACCGACUGCGGAAAACGUAGCGGAUCAAGCAACGCGGAUGAAUUUCACAACUAAGGAAGAGAGCGACAAGUGGUUUACCGGACCACCCUUCCUCUACGAGCAUGAAGACAGAUGGCCUCACCGACAGGAAGAGAAGGCGGGGGAUGAUGAAGAGUUGGAGGAAAUCGUGGCGCACCAGAGCGACACCCAGGAAGCUCCACACCUGCCAGACAUAGAGAGAUUCUCUGCCUACGAGAAGUUAAUCAGGGCCACUGCAAGAGUACUACAAUUCCUCGAUGCGGCACGAGGAAGAGCACGAGGACUGACCUUACAGCACAUCCAGAGAGCAGAACGGAUGUGGAUACAACGCAGCCAGCAGGAAAGCUUCGCUGAAGACAUCAGCCGCCUUCAGCGGGGAAAGAAUUUGACCACCGGCAGCGCACUAAGGAAGCUCGACCCCAUAUUGGAGGAUGGGGUGCUACGAGCCAGGGGAAGGAUCGACGCAGCCGACAUGGACGGUCAAAUGAAGAGACCCAUUAUCCUGAAUGGACGUCACCAAUUUGUGAAGCUGCUUGUGGAAAAGGCGCAUCAGGAAGCAAGCCACGCCAAUAGGGAGAGGGUGGUGAACGACCUGCGCACUAGGUAUCAUAUCCUCCGAUUACGACCUACAGUACGGGAAGCGGAGCGGAGAUGCCUACGAUGCAGAAUACGGAAGGCGACACCACGACCUGCGGUUACAGGAGACCUACCACCUGAACGGUUAGGGGCGUUUGCGCGACCAUUUACGAACACCGGGAUUGAUUAUUUCGGGCCUCUGACGGUUACGAUAGGACGACGGCACGAAAAACGGUGGGUGGCACUGUUCACGUGCCUAACGACGCGCGCAGUACAUCUAGAGAUAGUCUAUUCUCUGACCGCGGACUCGGCGAUAUCGGCAUUGCGGCGCAUGGCGGCUAGGCGUGGGUGGCCACGGGUUAUUUAUUCGGAUAAUGGGACUAAUUUUCACGGGGCAGACACAGAAUUACGACGGGCAAUGGAAGAGUGGGCGCCACAGUUAAAGGAUUACGCGCUGACUCGGCGCGUCGAUUGGAAGUUCAUCGCACCGGGCGCGCCUAACCAGGGAGGCGCAUGGGAGCGUCUCGUGCGCUCAGUGAAGACCGCGCUCGAAGCCACUCUCCAUCAGAAGAGCCCACGAGAAGAAACGCUGGCAACGCUUCUGACGGAAGUCGAAAAUACUAUAAAUUCUCGACCGUUGACGCACGUACCGGUCGACAUCGACGAUGAAGAGGCGCUGACACCCAACCACUUCCUACUGUUGGGACCAUCGGGCCUGCCAGUCACCGCGCCGUGCACACCAAUGGAUCGUCGGGCGUGGAGAGCGGCGCAGGGGCUCGCCGACGAAUACUGGAGGCGCUGGGUGAAGGAGUACCUGCCGACGCUGGUCGCGCGCGGGGACUCCAGAGAUGCUCAGCAGCGCCAAAUACAGGAAGAAGACCUCGUCGUGGUUGCAGACGGCAACCUACCCAGGAAUGUGUGGCCGCGGGGCAUCGUAACGAAGACGUUUCCUGGACCAGACGGCGUGGUACGGAACGUCGAGGUCCGGACCAAAGGAGGAGUGCUGCGGCGGCCCGUCAGGAAGAUCGCCGUCCUCCCGAGAGAAGCUUAG